AUGGAGUUCUCUUUCAACUCUCGUGUGUGGCUCCCCCCUUCCGACAUGCCUGAGAAACCCCCUCGUUCGCACACGGGCGGAGCAGCAACACCAGGAGCAGACGCAGAAUCAGCAGCAGCAGCAGCAGCAGCAGCACCACUGGCAGCAGUAGCAGAAGAUUCACCGGCACCAGCACCGGCAGCAGCUGUAGAAGCCGAUGCAGGAGAAAGCGGGAGUGAGAGCGACGGGGAGGGAGGCGGCGAACCGAGGGAAGAGGAGAGGCAGAAGCUGAAGAAGAAGGGGCGGGGUGGCAGGGGUCCCAACGUGACCCCGAACCCAGGGGGCUUUGCCCUGGGGCUGCACGCUCCCAGGCGGUUUGACAAGGUGCUGCCGAUAGAGGAGUGCCACCUGCAGCACCCCACCGCCAAUGAGAUCCUGGCGCAUGUGCGGCAGUGGAGUGAGCAGCACCAGCAUGUGCUGCCGCCAUACGACCCCAUCACCCAUGAGGGCAUACUUAGACACCUCACCAUCCGCAAGGGCCGCGAUGAGCGGACAGGAGAGGAGGAGUUCAUGGUGGUGCUGGUGACCAAGACUGACUGUCCGGACCUCCUGCAACCCCUUGUUGACCACCUCUCCCGCGCUUUCCCCCACUUGGUCAGUUUCAUAAUGACAGUAAAUCCCUCUCUCGCCGACGCCACACCCCCCAACGCCCUGGAGCGGCUGCUGCUGGGCCGGCGGGUGAUCAGCGACUCGCUGCGCUCUCUGCACUUUGACAUCUCAGCCGCCUCCUUCUUUCAAACCAACUCCGAUCAGGCGGAGGUGCUAUAUGAGCUGGUGGAGCACGCGUGUGCGCUCAAGGGAGAUGGCAGCGAGCUGCUGCUGGAUCUCUUCUGUGGCACCGGCACCAUCGGCCUCUCACUCGCCUCCCGAGUGCGCCACGUGUACGGGUUCGAGCUGGUGCCAGAGGCGAUAGCGGACGCGCGUCGCAAUGCGGACCGCAACGGCAUCACCAACGCCACGUUCCUCCCAGUCGACCUCAACAAGGCGCUGCCCACCCUGCCCAGCGCUGCUGCUGCUGCUGCUUCUGGAAAUGGCAGACCUGAUGUGAUUAUCACAGACCCGAACCGGCCGGGCAUGCAUCCGCGGCUGUUGGAGCACAUGGCGGAGGUGAGGGCGCCGCGCAUCGUGUACGUCUCCUGCAACCCCGCCUCCAUGGCGCGCGACCUGCACGCUCUCUGCCACCAACUGCCUUAUCACCAGCAACGGCAGCAACCGCAGCAGCAGGAGCAGCAGCAGCAGCAGCGGCAGCAGCAGCAGCAGCAGCAGCCGCAGCAGCAACAACCGCAACAGCAGCAGCAGCAGCAGCCGUUUCGGCCCCUGUCAGCGGGUCGCUCCUGUCCCGCGAGUAGUCCCAAUCAGCAACGUCAAGGAGCCGCUGAAUUAGCCGUUAGCGUGUCGCCAUGUCUCGACAAUACUGCAACCGGCGCUCCUAUCUCUGACGCUUUAGCGCAACCGUCUAUCCGCAAGCCAAGCCGCUCCCCCACCCACCGGGUUCCUUCGUCCUUCUCCCCCUCCCCGCUCGCCUCCCCGCGCGUUACCGUUUGCGCAACCCCGCCCGGGACUCCGCUCGCGGUCCCCGUGGUUCGGGCACCCCGAAAUAACGACGAUUUCGUGGCAAAUACUAGUAACUAUGCCGUCGCGGGGCUUAACCCGCGAUUGUUACUGUCGCGAGGAGCCGGGUCGCAGUUGCUGCAUCCGUCGUCGUCGAUUAGCCGGAUCUGGACGCAACCGCGAGCCGACUCGGAGUUAAGUCUGCUUACUUCUAGAAGCGUCGACGCGGCUUCCGGGAGAAGCGGCGGUUGUUCUGGGGCGCAUCGGGAGCUGCGCUGCGGGAACGAGGGUGGAUGUGGGGAAGCGGAAGGAUGCGGGGGAGCGGAAGGAUGCGGGGGAGCGGAAGGAUGCGGGGGAGCGGAAGGAUGCGGGGACAGAGCGGGUUUUACAAGGGCAGGGUCGAUGCGCGGCGAGUGGGGGAGAGAUAAGCGGCGGAAGAAGCGCGAUGCGAACGCGGAAAUGUGCAGGCUGCGAGGGGGGCGCGCACAAACAGAACGAGGAGGUUUCGAGGAGGGGGGAAUCAGAAGUCAAGGGGGGCCGGGCGCAGGGGCCUGUGAGCGGAAUGAGCGGGACGGAGGGUCUUCUCAGGGGGUCCUUGGGGCUUCCGCGCAUCCGCGCGCGCGCGUUUCCCCCGCGCGUGUUCCCGCCACCCCCGGGUCCGCCGUGCAAGUUUCCGCCAGGUUCUGGGAGGCCCUGCUUGGCGGCGGAGGCACGGGGGAAGGCGCGGAGGGGGUAGCGUUGGGGGAAGCGGCGCUGGGGGAAGUUGGGGGGAGAAACAAGUCGUAUGGCGGGGCACAGUGUGAGGGGGAAGAGUCUGAGGAAAGAGUGUGUGAAAAGCGAGUGUGCAGAGGAGGCAAGGCGGAGAGAUUUGAGCAGGACGCGGAGAAAGAAGCGUGGAGGGAAAUCGGCGGUGGGGGUGGGCGUGUGUUUGGGGGUGCGCGUGCGGGUGCGGGUGCGGGUGCCGGUGGGAGUGGUGGUGGGGGUGGGGUGGAUGCGAAUGUUCGGUUAUGCACGCCAAGGUGGGGGAGGCGCUUUCACACGAAAUCCAGCACGAGGGGUGGAGCAGCGGGGGCACCAGGCGUGCCGUGCACGCGAGGGAAUGGUGGUUCAGCAGCAAGGGCGGUGGCUUUUGAGGUGCCACAAAUGGCGGUCGCAGCUUUGGAAGAGUCUCCAGAAGCUGUUGAGAUAGGCCGCGGAGCAGCGAGUGUUGAGGGAGAUGUGGUAGGCUCAGGAGGGAGCGGUGGGAGUGCAAGGGUGACCUCGUCUCAAGUGGCAGAUGUGAGUGGGAUGGCUGUAGUAAAAAGGGUGCGGGGGAGUGCAGGAGACAGGCUGGGUGCAGGCGGGGAUGGUGCUGCUGCUGCUUCUGCUGCUGCUGCUGCUGGUGCUGCUGCUGCUGCUGCGGCCUCUGCUGCUGGUGUGGGGCUUGAAGAGUCGUGGUCCGUGGAUCGUGGUGGUGGUGGUGGUGGUGGUGGUGGUGGUGGUGGUGGUGGUGGUGGUGGUGGUGGUGGUGGUGGUGGUGGUGGUGGUGGUGGUGGUGGUGGUGGUGGUGGUGGUGGUGGUGGUGGUGGUGUGGUGGUGGUGGUGGUGUGGUGGUGGUGGUGGUGGUGGUGGUGGUGGUGGUGGUGGUGGUGGUGGUGGUGGUGGUGGUGGUGGUGGUGUGGUGGUGGUGGUGGUGGUGGUGGUGGUGGUGGUGGUGGUGGUGGUGGUGGUGGUGGUGGUGGUGGUGGUGGUGGUGGUGGUGGUGGUGGUGGUGGUGGUGGUGGUGGUGGUGGUGGUGGUGGUGGUGGUGUGGUGGUGGUGGUGGUGGUGGUGGUGGUGGUGGUGGUGGUGGUGGUGGUGGUGGUGGUGGUGGUGGUGGUGGUGGUGGUGGUGGUGGUGGUGGUGGUGGUGGUGGUGGUGGUGGUGGUGGUGGUGGUGGUGGUGGUGGUGGUGGUGGUGGUGGUGGUGGUGGUGGUGGUGGUGGUGGUGGUGGUGGUGGUGGUGGUGGGUUUGGAUUGGAACGGAGCAAGCACGUCGCUCGAUCUUCCUGGCUUGCUCCUCUCAGCGUUGUUGGGAGAUUCUAGGCGCGUGUUACCUAGGCCGGCCCACGUGAGAAUCAUUUAG